AUGUCCCACCAAGCAGACGCCAAGCGCCUCUUCGACUCCCGCGGCUACACCGGCGCCACGAUCCACAACCAGAACCCCGUCCACCUGCUCGAGAAGCCCGUCCGCGACCGCAUUAUCGAAUCCUACUACUGGAAAGAACAGUGCUUCGCCGUCAACGAAGCCACCCUCUGUGACCGCGCCGCCGCUCUCACCUUCAUCGGCGGCACGUACGGCCAGCAGAAACCUACGCCCUUCCUGUGCCUGGCGAUGAAACUGCUGCAGCUGAUGCCGGAGAGGGACAUCGAGGUGUACGGGAUUCUGGAGCCGCUGUUGGGGGAUUGGAGGAAGCUGAGGAGGAGGACGAGGGACGGAGGUUAUGCGUUGACGUACGUUGAUCAAUUCGUUGAUGAUCUUUUGACCAAGGACCGGGUGUGCGGAACUAGUUUGAGGAAGCUGCCGCAGAGGACCGUGCUGGAGGAUCUGGGGGUGUUGGAGGUUAGGGAGAGUGCUUUGGGGGAAGAGUUGGAGGGGUUGGAUGACGACGAGGAUGAGGUGGUGGAGGUGGAGGUGGAGGUCAAUGGGGGUGAAGAGGAGGAUAUGUCUACGCCAGAACGGAAUGGCAAUGGGGGGGUGCAUAGUGACAGUGAGGGUUGA